UAGCAUUAACUCUUUCCGGCCACCAGGGCAGCACCCGGAGGAAGGCCGCUGUCCCUCCGCGAGGCCUCGGCCCGCGGAGCGGCUGCUCGAAGCCCCUCCCCGGAAGGGCGUCAGCCCGCUUCCGUCCGAAGCCCGGUGUUGGAUGGGGCCCGGGUAGCGACGCGGGCCUGAGGGACGGUGCUGAGGACGGUCCUGCGCGGGGCGGAGGGCGGCGGCCUGCAGACGGCGUCGGGGCCUCGCUGGCCGGUGUUGCCGCGCGCCGGGGACCCAGGCGGUGCAGCCUCGGAGACGUCGGCCUUUGCUGGUACCCAAGCACGGCAAGCGUCCCGGUGCCCGCUGAGCUUGCUGGGCAGCCGGCGGCCGGCCAUUUGGGAAUACCGUGGCAUCCUGGUCGACUUUGGGUGCCGUUCCUGCCGGCUCACGGCCGGGAAAGCGAGGUCCCGGGACUCUCCUCAGUCUCGCCUCGAGGUCUAAAUGAGCGUCGAAGAAAGGGAAGGUGGGCCGAAGGGUCACCCUCAACAUCACCAACUCUCCUCCUCUCCUCCUUUGCGACUUGGCCUGUGGAUAAACGUUUUGUUGCAAACCAAGAGUUUGGAAAAGAGGCCGUGCUCUUCAGACAAACUGUAGAUGUCACAGGCUUCAAGAGGAAGGCAUCAGAGUCACCGCCAGUGGACAUGUCCCAUGAUGAAUUUUGGACUAUACACCAGGGGCUGCAGGAACACCUGAGCUGGAAUUCUCGUAAGGAAACUGAGCCUGUGUGUGAGACAGCUAUGCCUAUUCACCAGAUCCUAGUCUUUUCUGAGAAGACAAAUACCAAAGACUGGACAAUGGCACCUGAGCUCGUCUUGCCUGAGUCCCAGAGCUUGUUGACAUUUGAAGAAGUGGCCAUGUAUUUUUCCCAGGAAGAAUGGGAGUUACUGGAUCCCACUCAGAAGGCCCUCUACAAUGAUGUAAUGCGGGAAAACUAUGAGACUGUCAUCUCUCUAGCAUUAUUUGUGCUCCCCAAACCUAAAGUGAUCUCCUAUCUAGAGCAAGGGGAAGACCCAUGGGUUCAAGGGCCCUUGGAGUUGAAGAAUAGUCCUGGAGAGCUGCCUUCAGGGUUAAAGGUCAAAACUGACAAUGAAAACCAUCAGCCUGUGUGUCUUUCUGACUUAGAAAUACAAGCACCGGAAGACAUAGUAUCAAAAAAGACCCGAGUGAAAGUUCCCCAGAAAACAACAGGCAAAGAAAAUCAUGGUGAUAUACACAGGAUGGGGAAAUGGCACCGAGAUUUUCCCGUGAAGAAAAGAAAGAAACUUUCAACUUGGAAACAAGAGCUGCUAAAACUUAUGGAUCUUCACAAGAAAGCUCAUGCUGGAGAGAAGCCAUUUAAAUGCCAGGAAUGUGGGAAAAGCUUCAAAGUUAGCUCUGACCUUAUUAAGCACCAAAGAAUUCACACUGAAGAGAAACCAUAUAAAUGUCAACAGUGUGAUAAGAGGUUUAGAUGGAGUUCAGAUCUUAAUAAGCACUUAACAACACACCAAGGAAUAAAACCAUAUAAAUGUUCCUGGUGUGGGAAAAGCUUCAGUCAAAAUACAAAUCUACAUACGCACCAAAGAACUCACACUGGAGAGAAGCCCUUUACAUGUCAGGAAUGUGGGAAAAAAUUCAGUCAGAACUCCCACCUUAUUAAACAUCGGAGAACCCACACAGGUGAGCAGCCAUAUACUUGUAGCGUAUGCAGGAGAAACUUCAGCAGGAGGUCAAGUCUUCUUAGACACCAGAAACUCCACCGCUGAAUGGAAGUUUAUUCCAGUGUCCUCAUUCUGAAGAAAUUCACAAAGUAGAGGUCGACCCUGAGAUUUAUGAAAAAAUACAAAAUUAUGAAGCAUAAAUAAGUUUUCAUCAGAGGAAAAUUUGGUGAUAUAAACAUAUUUCACAGGAAGGAAUCAAGGUUGACUCUGCAGGGAUCUCUGUAAGUAGUUUUGUACUACUUACAUUUUUACACGUAACCUUUGGGGAAUUCCUUAGCAAGAAAAGUGCUGAAAGAACAUUCUCAGUAAGGGAAACAUUUUUGCAGUUGUACCUGGCAAAAUAGCAAAUUCAGCUUUAAAUGGCAGAUGCAUACAUGAAUCAGUCUUCUCUAAUCACAGAGGGUAAAUACUGUUGGCUUUGCAUUGAAUUCCCAGCCACUUUUAAACACAUUGAUAGAAACAUUUGUAGCCUGGUCUUCCAAAAGAAAAAGCAAUAACCUGCAUGUUUAAUUGGAUACCAUUGCCUUUAAGGUAGUAGGCUUACCAAUUUCAAGAGCCCUGUGACACAAAAAUGAAGUCUGUUGUCAAAUUUUCAAAGAACCAAAUUGGAUUUUCUUCCUCUCCCUUGUCAUUGGACACUGUUCCCACUGUUGGACAUCAUUUGAGUUCAUUCUUGAACAUUUUAGCAACUUUAGCUCUUGAAUCCUUUUAGCACCAUUUUUACUGUGAUGAAAUGCUAUUCACCACUAGGGAAUCUGCCAGAUAAACUAAUAAUGCACUAUCUUAUACCUCAUUGGUGGUGUUUGAAAAAGAUAAACAUCUCUAAUGAGAUCAUCUGAAAACGGGUUGGAAUGUUUAGCUAUGGAUUAUGUAUUACAUGUAAUUAAUUUUCUGCAAUAAAAGAAACUAGUCCCUUAUAAUCUCAGUAUGAUAAAAGAUAAAAGAUAGCACUUUCUUGAGGCCUAAAAGAAAAUUAAUGGAAGUUCAGGUGAACUUCUCACUUUUUAUAUGCUUUUUUGUUUGGCUUUGUUUAUUUUUAAGAAAAAGGGCAGAGUUUAGGAACUGGAGUGUGUGCUGCAGGCAGGAUGUGGUUCACUGAGUGUGGCAGAAGACUGGAUUCCCAAGAGGAAAGGUUUGGGAACUGAUGUUGACUGGUGGACAAGGAUGGGUGAAUCUGCAUUCAUGUUGGUUGUCUUACACUGUUAACUAUUACUAAGCAGGCGGGGUCUACCUGUCUCUGUUUUGUACGCAGCAUUUAACAACAGCCUUAGCUGAUAAGUGAUAUAGAUGGCUGAACAUCUCUCUGGGCUGUGGAUCUUCUUAGAACUCCUACCUACAGCAGUGACAUAUGUUCCUGUUAGAGCUUUUAGGUUGUAUCAAGAAGGGGGGUGAAGGGGGUUAAAUGAUUUCUCCCAAAUACCUUAUAAAUGAUCAAGUUAAGGCUCAGAUACGGGACUUGAUUCAAGACCCUAUUGCUAGUGGGUCCAUUCGCUGCCAGCUAGCUGCAUCAGGGAGGCCUGAAGGCAGGGCUAGGAGGAUAUGUAUGUUAUCCCUGCGGGACCAGGUUGGAUGACAUUGUGUUGUAUUUACUUCUAACUUAUAAAACAUUCUUGUGGCUUGAUUGGUUCCCAAAACACUUAGGUUGCCAUGUGUUCUGUGAAAGAGAGAAAACUGUUUCAACUCAGGGUUAUUCUAGGGACUAGGGGGAUUGAUGAAUGAAAAGCACCUCACAGCCUGGCCAGUGGUAGAUGCUCAGUCAAUGUGCAUUUGCUUCCCUUUCCCCUAUUCCCCAGUGAUAUGCUGGGCAGACUGACUGCAGUAAGGAAGCAGUUGUGUUUAUGGCUAUUUUCAGCUCCUUUCAGGAGUUGUGCACUGCUGGUGGUGAUGUUGCUCAGUUGAUUUGAUCCUUGGCCUCAGUACUUUAUGGUGUAAGUCACCUGAGCUGUGGAUAUGGUGCUCUCAGCAGGAUUUUGUUUUCUUCCCCAAGAUGAACAAUACCAAGUAUUAUUUCUUAGGCACAGCCAACUUUAAAGCUUUCGUCUGCAUAGCUUUUAUCCAUCACCCUCAUCCUUAGGCUUCGGGUACUGUCUCAUCCCCGGAUACAUGUGGACAUCUUCCUGGUGCUACAUUCAUUCAGUUUCAUGGGGGCCUCUUACGUGCCCAGGCACUGUUUGGUCUAGACUGAGAAUAUAGUAGUGAACAAAAGAGCUAAAGAUAGACCCUCACAGGACUUAUACUCUAGUGAAGAGUAUAAAGAAGACUGGUUAUAGUUUUCUGCUCCUUGCAGUUUAGGGUCAUGAGAUAGUUGAAGGUAACGGGUUGUGAGCAGAAGCCCCACUUCUGCGCUGAAGACUGUUUGUGCAAAACUCUGGGGUGUCCUUCCUACCUCAGUCAUGGAAGUCCAGCAGAAACUGGGGCCACAAGGUCAAAGUAGUCUGGAAUGCUGAGCGCCGCCCCCCACAUGGAGAGCAGUUGUCCUGGAAAUUUGCCCAGACCUGUGAUGGACUUUUGGGAAUGAGAAAUAAACUUCUGUUAAA